CCAGGACGUGACACAUGGACAGUGAUUUCUACCCCACCCCCAUUGUUUAUUCCCCACCUAACCCAGGCGCCCCUCUACCAGGUCUCAGGGCGUCCCCCCUCCAGAAAUGGUUCCUAGCCCUAUUGUCAGGCAGUGAGUGCUGGGGCAGAGCCCCCUUCCCGUCCUGCCCCUUCUGUGUCCCUCCUCCUCCUCCCUAGAGCUGUCCCCACCCAAAAUUGGCAGCCUGGGCCUUGACAGUUCUAAGAACCACCACUCCCUCUCCCCAGGGCUCUGUACACAUAUGAGGAUGGCUCAGAUGACCUCAAGCUCGCAGCAUCGGGAGACGGGGGCUUGCAGGAACUCUCAGGCCACUUUGAAAACCAGAAGGUGAUGUACGGCUUCUGCAGCGUCAAGGACUCCCAGGCUGCGCUGCCAAAAUACGUGCUCAUCAACUGGGUUGGUGAAGAUGUGCCUGAUGCCCGAAAAUGUGCUUGUGCCAGCCAUGUGGCUAAGGUGGCUGAAUUCUUCCAGGGUGUCGAUGUGAUUGUGAAUGCCAGCAGCGUGGAAGACAUAGAUGCGGGCGCCAUUGGGCAGCGGCUUUCCAACGGCCUGGCACGGCUCUCCAGCCCUGUGCUGCACCGGCUGCGGCUGCGUGAGGAUGAGAAUGCUGAGCCGGUGGGCACCACCUACCAGAAGACUGACGCAGCUGUGGAGAUGAAGCGGAUUAACCGUGAGCAGUUCUGGGAGCAGGCUAAGAAGGAGGAGGAGCUGAGGAAGGAGGAGGAGCGGAAGAAGGCCCUGGACGAGAGACUCCGGUUUGAGCAAGAGCGGAUGGAGCAGGAGCGGCAAGAGCAGGAGGAGCGGGAACGGCGCUACAGAGAGAGGGAACAGCAGAUUGAAGAGCACAGGAGGAAACAGCAGACUUUAGAAGCUGAGGAGGCCAAGAGGCGGUUAAAUGAGCAGUCUAUCUUUGGUGACCGGAGGGAUGAAGAGGAAGAGACCCAGAUGAAGAAGUCAGAAUCGGAGGUAGAGGAGGCAGCGGCCAUCAUUGCCCAGCGGCCUGACAACCCACGGGAGUUCUUCAAGCAGCAGGAACGAGUCGCAUCGGCCUCUGUGGGCAGCUGCGAUGUACCCUCGCCCUUCAAUCAUAGACCAGGUCGUCCGUACUGCCCUUUCAUAAAGGCAUCGGACAGUGGGCCUUCCUCCUCCUCCUCUUCCUCCUCCUCCCCUCCACGGACUCCCUUUCCCUAUAUCACCUGUCACCGCACCCCAAACCUCUCUUCCUCCCUCCCAUGUAGCCACCUGGACAGCCACCGGAGGAUGGCACCCACCCCCAUCCCCACCCGGAGCCCAUCUGACUCCAGCACAGCCUCCACCCCUGUCUCUGAGCAGAUCGAGCGGGCCCUGGAUGAGGUCACGUCCUCUCAGCCUCCACCACCACCACCACCACCUCCACAAACCCAAGAGACCCAGGAGCCUGGCCCCGGCCUGGAGGGCGAAGGGACCAGCAAGGAGGGCAGAGCUGCAGCCCCUGAGGUCUGGGCUGGCCCCAUGGAGGAGUCCCCGCAGGCACGGGAGCCUCCCCAGGGGCAAGGCAGCCCCAUAGAGGACUUUAUGUUCAUGGUGGCUCCUGAGCAGGCUGUACUGGCUGCCCCUCUAGAGCCUGCCAUAGCCAACACCACUGCAGCCGACACCCUGGCAGCUGCUGCCAUUGAAACCGAUGGCGUUGCUGCUGCUGACACCGCUGUUGCCAACACUGUCGCCCCUGCCACUGCCAGCCUCAUUGACCUAUGGCCUGACAACGGGGAUGGCGCCUCUGCACCCCAGGCUGAGCCUAGCGCUCUGACAGCACCCUCAGGUGCCGAGGUCACUCUGGCGGAGGUGCCCCUGCUGGAUGAGGGGGCUCAGGAGCCACUGCCACCAGCAGGUGAAGUCUGUGCCAGUCUCCUCAAUUUUGAUGAGCUGCCUGAGCCACCAGCCACCUUCUGUGACCCAGAGGAGGAAGUAGAAGGGGUGCCCCUGGCUGCUCCCCAGGCCCCUACUCCACCCUCUGCUCUAGAGGAGCUGGAUCAGGAGCCAGAGCCUGAGCCGGAGCCCGAGCCGGAGCCCCACUUGCUGACCAAUGGCGAGACCACCCAGAAGGAGGGGACUCAGGCCAGUGAGGGGUACUUCAGCCAAUCACAGGAGGAGGAGUUCGCCCAAUCAGAAGAUCUGUGUGCAAAGGCUCCACCUCCUGUGUUCUACAAUAAGCCUCCAGAAAUUGACAUCACCUGCUGGGAUGCAGACCCAGUCCCGGAAGAGGAGGAGGGCUUUGAGGGUGGCGAUUAGCAGUGGCGCCCAUCCUCAGGCUGUCCUUGCCAAGACCACCCACCUGCGCUGGCCUCUGCCCAGAUGGCCCGCUGCGCCUGUACUCGAAGACGCUCCGCCUGGCACCCACUCCAGAUUCCGGCCCUGUCCGGGGACUUGGCCACUUCCUUGCCCAAAGGGCCUGACUUUUACAGCUUUUCUUUCUUUUUUUAAAAAAAAAGUUGAUAGGAGACUUGUACAGUUGACUGGUUUUCCUCCCGUUGGUAGUUGAGAUGUUGUUGCAAAUUCCAUCCCCUCCCCACCCGGUCCAGAUUGUAGCGCUUAGCCCUCCCUGCUCACUCAGCUGGCCAGGGUGGAGGCCUCACCCUGUCUGGGGCCUGGUGAGGGGGGAGCUCUGGUGGGAAAAUGCCCCCCACUUCUUUUCCUAGUUUUAUGUUUCUUGGAAAAAUAUCACUUUGUAUUCUUUGUCCAGGGCUUCAGAUAUUUUGCACGAAUUUGAAAACAUGGCAAUAAAUGGCUCGCGGGCUCUGGCUCCCUGGGA